UUGAAUGCGGAGAAUGAUUUUCCUAUUUAUAUGGCUUUGGUUUCCUCGGACACUACGACGACGAAGGGAUGCUGCGACGAAGUUGUCUCGACAAAGGAAGCCUCUUUUUUUCUGGAUGUGGACGACCUUCGCAUCCUGUGUCGAUGCAUCACACAAUCCCCUCGUGAUGACGAUGGCAUCGCGCUGGGAAGCCCGAGGCGUGCUAGGCACGUUUUUCAGCUCCGUUUGCCUUCGUGGAACUCGACCUCGACGAGGCUAUGAAGCGUUGCUUAAUUUUGCGCUUCGGGUCCGCAUCUGCUGUGCGGUGAGGAGCUUGGCGAUGGAGUGUACGUGACGGUGGCUUGUGGAAGAUUGAGUCGAAUUUGGCGUGAUCGCCGUUUUUUUUUUGGUGGUGGAUUCGUUGAGGACAUGGAGUACCACUGGCCAUUUGCGGUUUGCGUCACCCUUGUGUCGGUUUUCGCGAUCGGAGCUGUAGUUUUGUUGCGGAGGUACGAGGGCGUGAAAGUUUCGAUUUCACGGUCAGAUAAGGUCGAGGAUCCUUAUUCAGUUGCACGUGUACCAAUCGGUUAUUUGCGCCGAGAGGAACUUUGGAACGCUUGUGGUGGAGCUGUGAACCCGAAUUACUUGCUUUUCUUUCGAGGUCUCUGUUUAAUAUACCUUCUGUCAUUCCUCGGGUACAACACCUUCCGGAGAAAUCUUGUGGUUCUGUUCUUUUACACGGAAUGGACGUUCACUUUGCUUGUUGUCUACUUUGCACUUGCAUUUCGGCAAAGUUUAUUGCAUUACCUUGAGGGGCGUUCCAUGGCUACCGUGAGCCGGAGCACGCUUCCAACGACCUCAGUCCACCCUGACGAUAGUAGCCUUACUGAACCAUUAAAUGGAGGUGCCAUGGACAAAUUCUUAAUCCAACCUGAACAAGAAACUGCACCAGAAGUGCCGUUCGCAAGAGGGCAGGAGACCCAAGUAGAAGCAAGUGUGGAAGGCUACGUCACUCAGUGCGUAUUUCAAGCAGUCUUGCCUGCUGCAGUGCUCACAGACUUAAUCUACUGGGGCUUCUUGGUGCCCGUGUUUCUACCUCCGAACUGGCAGCACUCUUUCAUCGACAUCAACAAGCAUGCCAUCAACCUCGUCAUCCUCAUAAUCGAAUUCUCCUUGAACAGCCUUCGUUUCCCAUGGUUCCGCGUCAGCUACUUUAUUCUAUGGAGCACCGCUUACGUUUCCUUCCAGUGGAUUUGUCACAGCGCUGGGAUUGUGCAUUACUGGCCCUACCCGUUCAUGAACGUUGACACGCCCUACGCUCCCGCUUGGUACUUCUUCAUCAUCUUCUGCCACGGCAUCUGCUUCGCAAUCUGCCUUCUUCUUGCUUUUUGCAAACAGAACGUCUGUUAUCGUGCUAAUUCUCCAGGCACAGAGAGGAUGAUCUCCUAGCCAAUUUCUAUGGAUGCUAGGGUAGUUUCUGAGACGAGUUCACCCUCGGCGAAUCCUCGUAGACUCUGAACAAUUCCGGAACAAUUCCGGAGCAAUUCUUCACAGUUAGGUUUUAUACAGACUUUAUUAGUAACAGAAUAAUCUGCAACGCUCACUCAAUGUUGUGCGGGUUCCAAUGUCUUCACCAUUUUAGGCUCCUUUCUUAUCAGGCAUAUCUUCCAAUCCUGAAUCCUCAUCCCCUAUCUGGUUUCAUGCCUGACAUUUUUGCCGCAAUUUCAGUGAGUAGAGAUUACUAACUUGCGGAUAUAAGUGAGUGAUGGAACGACAGCUUGAAGCUGAACGAUUGCUGUUGCAAUCGUGCCAUGCGUUCCCAUUGAUGCUUCCCCACUUUAGAGGAUUAAUUGAGUUACAAUGAAUGAGAUUAAUUGGUAAUGCGGUGAUAAGUGCAAAGAAUGUUGCUGCGAGCAGUGAUUGCUCAACAAACUCAGCACACUCACUUCAUUUUGAAGGUUAAGAUUGCAAAGUUAGCAAGAUUGAUUCUA